AUGGCUACCCAAGAACAAUCAACUGCGACUAGUGGUUUUCAAACAAUUCAAGAUCUGUCCCAGCAUCUCGCCUCUAUAGCUGCUUCUCAUCCAGCUACCGUCGAGCUUCAGCAAAAGAUCGGCGUUGAAGUGACUCGCUCAGUAUUGACUGUACGAGAAGAAUGCAUUCAAAAUAACCCGACCUCAACAACUUUGGCUGGUCUCGAUGCCAUCUCGCCAUCUCCAUUCGUAUACAAGGAUGAUACAGCUGGGCAUGUCCUAGCAUUCUAUCAUCUUGGACACAAGCUGUCUGGCCAUUCUGGCCUCGUCCACGGCGGCAUAGCAGCCGUGUUACUGGACGAAUGCAUGGGGAGAGCGAGUUUUCCCCGGCUGACUGGCAAGAUCUCGGUUACGGCAAAUCUCAAUUUGAACUACAAGAGUCCGAUAAAGGUAGAUAGUAUGAUCCUGAUCCGGGCCGAGGUUACGGCUGUCCAGGGGCGGAAAGCGUGGGUUCGGGGCGUUAUUGAGAAUACAGAGGACGGUGCAGUAUUCGUCGAGGCCACGGGGCUUUUUAUCGAGCCAAAAUGGGCAGCAUCGCUGGGAAAGUUGCUUUAG